AUGAAACCGCGCGUCUCUCCCUUCACUUUUUUUCCUGGCUCUCUUUCUGACUGUGAAUUAUUGGAUUCAAAUGAGGAAGGAAAUGAAGAACUCAGGCGCCACUACAUAUUAGCUUCUUCUUCUUCUUCUUCUUCUUCUUCUUCUUCUUCUUCUUCUUCUUCUUCUUCUUCUUCUUCACUGGGGCUCUGUCCCCUAUUCUAUCUCGUUUCCAUUCGAGGAACGCCGCCCUUGAGAGAAACGUUGCAUUCGAAGGUCGAUGUUGUCACGAAGAUGGCGUCGUUUUCCCUUCCAGUCUCUAGUCGAUGUGAUAACGCGCCGCUUCUUCCUGCUGCGUUCAGAAGCCCUGCUGGUUUUUUUCGCAGAUCCCUCUCGACAUCGUCCUCUUCGUCAUCACCAAGAAUCUACUUAUAUUUAUCUUUCUUUUCUUUCUUUCUUUCUUUCUUUUUUUCCCCCCUUUCUAAAUGUAACAACCAUUUUUCUUCAACAUCCUUCUUCCUCCCCCACCGGAGUGACGAAAGCCGAAAAGAUUCUCUGGGGAGAAACGCCGCCAAAUCUGGUUGA